UCCUUCCCGCCCAAGAAAGCGCCCCCGCCUCCUUCCGGCGCAACGGAAGCGUCGAGGGCCCGCUGAUCGAACCAGCGGGAAGAUGUACGGCACGGUUGGCGGGAGGACGUGCGAUCGCCCUCGUCGAGGGAAUGUUCUGGAGAGGAUAUGGCCGAAUUACUUCCCGGAGACGGAGUUCUCGGAGGACGACCGGAGGUUCAAGCUUAUCUCCCAGCUCUGCGACAGCCUCGGCGUCUCUUCUCAGCCGCGAGAGGAGUCCAUCCUCUCCCAGGUUAAAGACGAUGAUGGGAUAGUACAUUUACCACUCGAUUUUCAGCACAUAAAAGAAUGUUGCAGAGAUGAAGAAUUAUAUGCAGCGCUAGAAGUAGCCCCCAAGGAAGCUCUCUUAUGUGUUGGUGCUGCUGUUCAUGAGUUAUUGGUUUAUCAGGGUAAAGAGUGCAUUUUGGGAGAUCAGGAAAAGAUAAAUGUUCGGUUGUACAAUCACUUUGAGUCAAUGAUCAAUUUAAAGAGCUUAAAAGCUGCGUAUAUUGGAAAGCUUGUUUCUAUUCGUGGAACUGUUGUCAAGGUUAGCACUGUCAAGCCUUUAGUUGUACAAAUGAGUUUUACCUGUGGAAAGUGUGGAGCUGCUAUCAUGCGCAUGUUCCCUGAUGGAAAAUAUUCACCACCAGCAGCUUGCAUUUAUCAUGGUUGCAAAAGCAGAACUUUUACUCCUAAUCGUUCAACAGCUCGGCUUGUGGAUUCUCAGAAAAUAAGAUUGCAGGAGCUGCUCAGAGCCGAAAACCACGAGGAAGGCAGGAUGCCUCGGACAAUUGAAUGUGAAUUGACUGAAGACCUUGUUGAUUCAUGCAUACCAGGCGAUGUCAUGACUGUCACUGGCAUCAUUAAAGUCAUAAACAGUUACAUGGAUAUCAAGGGAGGUAAAUCAAAAAACAAGAAUCAGGGUUUGUAUUAUUUGUAUCUAGAAGCCAUUUCAGUAAGGAACUCCAAGAACCCAUCUGCAAAAGACUUACAAGUUACUAAUGGAACUGCCAAAGAGCUUCAUGAACUGCACAAAUUUUCUCCUAGGGACCUGGAAUUCAUUGCAAGGUUCUUACAAGAGCAUGGAUCUGAUAUUUUUCGCCAGAUACUUCAUUCUAUAUGCCCAUCAAUCUAUGGGCAUGAACUUGUCAAAGCUGGAAUAACCCUUGCAUUGUUUGGGGGUGUGCGAAAGCAUGUCAUGGAUCAGAACUCGGUUCCUAUACGUGGAGAUAUUCAUGUCAUAAUCGUUGGUGACCCAGGGCUAGGUAAAAGCCAGCUGUUGCAGGCAGCUGCUGCUGUUGUCCCCCGUGGUAUUUAUGUUUGUGGCAAUGCAACAACAAAUGCUGGUCUUACUGUAGCUGUGGUAAAAGACCCAGCAACAAGUGACUAUGCUUUUGAAGCUGGCGCAAUGGUUCUUGCGGAUGGUGGAUUAUGUUGUAUCGAUGAGUUUGAUAAGAUGUCUGCUGAGCAUCAGGCACUUCUCGAAGCCAUGGAGCAACAGUGUGUCUCUGUUGCAAAAGCAGGACUUGUGGCCAGUUUAUCAGCUCGGGCAUCCAUCCUUGCAGCUGCUAAUCCUGUUGGUGGCCAUUACAACCGAGCAAAGACAGUCAAUGAAAACUUGAAGAUGAGCCCUGCACUUCUUUCUCGCUUUGAUUUGGUCUUUAUCUUGCUGGACAAACCUGAUGAGCUCUUGGAUAAACGUUUAUCUGAUCAUAUAAUUGCACUUCGUGCUGGAUGUGGAGAAUGUCCCCAGGAUCCAAGGAAACUUGAUGGACGUGGUACCAAAUCUCUGCAGAGUGACAAAGAUGGAAAAUUGGUUUUCAAAGGUGGGUCUCUUGCUUCAAGGUUGAGGCUUGAUCCCAGAGAAGACAAAGAUUUUGCUCCUUUGCCUGUUCCACUUCUGCGCAAGUAUAUCACUUAUGCAAGAAAUUAUAUCUUCCCCAGGAUGUCAAAAUCAGCAGCAGAAAUUCUGAAGAAGUUCUACUUGCAGCUGAGGGGCUACAAUGUUUCAGCUGACAGCACACCUAUAACUGCAAGGCAACUUGAGAGCCUGGUAAGGUUGGCGGAAGCUCGUGCGCGACUAGAACUGCGGGAAGAGAUUAUAGCAGAAGAUGCUCUAGAUGUAGUCGAAAUAAUGAAAGAAUCAUUAUACAACAAAUACGUCGAUGAGCAUGGUACCGUGGACUUUGCUCGCAGUGGUGGGAUGAGUAAAGAGAAAGAGGCGAAACGUUUUCUCAAUGCUCUCCAUCAACAAUCAGAGAUACAACACAAGGACUGUUUCUCAGUAUCCGAAAUGUACACUUUGGCGGACCAGAUUGGCCUUAGGGUUCCAGACAUCGACACAUUUAUUGAUAAUUUGAACAGCGUUGGAUAUCUUCUUAAGAAGGGACCCAAGACCUAUCAGGUUCUAUCAUCAUCCUAUUGUCGGAGUCAACCAUCAAGAUCAAGAUGCUAAUUUUGCAACUCCAGCUUAUGGUAAAUUAUUCCAUUUGUACAGUGACUUACUCCAAUUUCUCUCAUAAAUGUGUAUUGUAAAAAUGGUGAAAGCCUGUUCAUGUCACUCUUUUUUGUUGCUCUCUUGAAUUUUGGAACGUGGAAAUCCGUUUAACUGAAAAAGUUA